AUGCAUUUACGAAAGAAAAUUGCUCGGGUAUCUUGUUCCUCUGCUACCACUCACGAAUCAUGGGAUAGAAAUCUCAAAGAGAGUAAUUCAUCCCUUGAUGUUGAAUUUGAUUCUGAUUCUGAAACUUUUCUACCUUCUUGCGAUAAUAUACAUGGCUUAGAAACAUCAGAAGACAGGAAAAAUUUCAAGGGUAACAAUAAAAGCUCCAAUCAUGAUGGGAAGAAAUCACUAGCAGUGUCUGACGGUGCCCAGUGGGAUAUUUUUCGCAGACAAGAUGUUCCCAAGUUUAUAGAUUAUCUCAAAAGGCAUUCUAAUGAGUUUUCUUGCCACAACUUGAGGCUGAAGGAGGCUGAAGCGUCACUGGAUUUUUUGCUUAAUGGUGCCGAUGAGGCUUUGAUUAGUGCUUUUCUAGUGUUACUGAGAGCCAAAGGAGAGACUUUCGAGGAAAUUGUGGGGCUUGCAAGGGCGAUGAUCAAGCAUAGUUUAGAUGUAGAGGGCUUACUUGAUGUAGUGGACAUUGUUGGAACAGGUGGUGAUGGAGCAAACACAGUUAACAUUUUGACUGGAGCUUCAAUACUUGCUGCAGCUUGUGGUGCCAAAAUUGCAAAGCAAGGAAAUCGUUCAAGUUCUUCAGCAUGUGGAAGUGUCGAUGUAUUACAAGAGUUGGGGAUAGUUAUCGACUUGGAACCUGAGGGAGUUUCAAGCUGUGUGAAAGAAGCAGGCAUUGGAUUUAUGAUGGCUCCAACAUAUCAUCCAACAAUGAAGGUUGUCGUCUCAGUCAGGAAAAAGCUUAAAGUAAAAACUGUAUUUAAUAUAUUAGGCCCUAUGUUAAACCUAGCAAGAUUACCAUAUGCUAUUGUGGGUGUCUAUGCAGAAGAUUUGGUUUUGAAUAUGGCUAAAGCAUUGCAGCAAUUUGGCAUGAAACGGGCAUUAGUUGUUCACUCAGAGGGCUUGGAUGAGAUGAGCCCCCUUUGUAAUGUGUCUAGUAGUUGGAAAGUUUUGACUUCCAUAAGCUCAUUUUUUUUAUAUACAAGUUUCAGUGUACAUAAUCUUCAAAACUACUCAUAAGUUAUUUGACACAGGACCUGGGCUAAUCCUUGAUGUUACACCAGAAAAUAUUGAGAAAUUCUCAUUUGAUCCAUUGGACUUUGGGAUUCCUCGGUGUUCCUUGGAUGACUUGUGAGGUGGAGGCCCAGAGUAUAAUGCCGAGGCACUAAAGGGUGUAUUGUCAGGGGAGAAAAGUUCAAUUGCAGAUGCAUUUGGAUCGCUCUGGCUCGCGAGACUCAACUAUCAGGAACAGCUAUCAAGACGCUCGAUCAGUGGAUAGAUGUGUCCAAUGGGGUUUGAAUCUUAUUGUUUCCAUCUCACAUGUAAGGAUUUCUACCGAAUAUACAAUGGGCUUCAAAUUGUAAGGAAAAGUUCUAAGUGGUUAUUUUAAUUCAUUUAUUUAUUUUUAUAAUGGCAUAUUUCUUAAAUUUUGAGUGUAUGUGUUGCCUCAUUUUAGUGCGAUUUCUUUUGAGAUCGCGAAGAAAUUAUCUUGAAAGCCAAACUAAAGAUGUGAAAACAUAUUGUUUUUUAGUAUAUGGCUAGUCUCAAAGCUAUUGCUUUAAGUUUUCUUGAUCU